GUCAGUGUUUAUGAAGUGUCCUUGUAAUUGUAUUUUUUUCGAAUCUGAUUUAUGUAGCAUUCACCAUAAACACAAAAACAGUAUCGCAUUCAAAGGUAUCCAAGAAGCAUGUCGAGAAGUAAAUAUCUCGAAAAAUAUGCUACCCAAAAUGUUGCAAAUUAAAAAUCUUAAGAAGGGUCAUCUAAUUGUGGCCUAGAACCUUCACCACGACCUCAAAGGUUUUAUAAUGGUCGAGGACUUAGCGAUACCUGAAAUUACUAUUCUGGAAGCAACCACGAUACAAAUACACUGAAG